GACUUUUUUUUUGCUUCUAAGUUCUGUUAUAUUCAGAAGGGUAAGGCAGUGGUGGGGAGGGCAUUUUUAUCCCAAGGGUCAUGCUUUUGCAAAGAUGUUACUCUAUUAAGCAUGAAAGAGUACCCUAUGGUGCCUAGUGCACGAAAAGCUGGAUUGAACCAGUGUUUUGCAAUUUGUUUGAGAAGUAAUUGCGCCAAAAAUAUUAUUUGCGUAGUUGAGUUCUUUCUGCCACCCGACGAAAUGGUUGUUAGAGAUACGAAGACUUUCUUAAACAGGCUUUUAUCCACAAUGAAAGAGCAACUUCCAGGUGUCAGAGUUGCUUCUGGACAAGAACUAGGCCAGAGAAUGCUUGUUGAAGUUGUUAAAGUUUCCCCGAGUGAUGAACUUGACUCCUUUGAAAUUGGCCAACCUCUGCCAAGUGUUCAAUCACUUCAGGAUGGAGGAGAAACAACCGAAAUUGAUUCAUUGUGUCAACAGUCAAAUUUACAGAAUAGGGAGAACAAUGUUGCUACUCCACUACUUGUUCCUUCUUGUUCAUCAAACAAACGUGACUUGCUCAACUGUGAAGGGACAGUGCAAGUUGAUCCAUUACUUCCGCAUCCAACAGAGGAAGCUGUGACAAACAGAGGAACGGUUAACAUGGAUGUGGCACGUGAUGAUCAUAUUGAGUUUGAAAAGGACAGAGGACAAGUGAUUCAGCCUGAUUCACAUUUUGAGCAACCAAGUGUAGAAAUUGAUUAUACGGGCAAUGCUAGGAGUAAUGACAAACUGGAGCAUAAUGAUGUUGCUAGAUGUUUGCCCGCAGUUGAAGCUGAAGCUAUAAACAAAGAUAGUAACUUCAUCAUUGGAGCAACGACUAACAACGAGAAAAUCCAUUCACAGAAGAACAAUGAAAUACAGAGGAUAGAAAAAGAUUAUCAGAUUACGCGCGAUAUUUUAGAGCAGCAGUUUGGCUUGACUCUUGAAGAUGCUGCCAAAAAUCUACGUGGUUCACUGAAAUCCCUUUUCUGGACUUCCUUUGUUGCAGUUAGUCGAGCAACACUGAAACGAAUAUGUAGAGAAUAUGAUAUCUCUAGGUGGCCACAUCAUAAGACUAGAAAGGUUUACCACAAUUUUAGCCAAGGCAUAUCUUUACAAGGUGCUGAACCAUAUGUGGGAGAUCGACAAUGCCCUAAUCUUUCCCAAGAAAAAGGAACAGAUUGUAGUGCGCACAAAAGAUCUCGUUCAACAGGAAAAUCUUGUGAUGAUAGUGUGAUGUCUAUAAAAGUUACAUAUAGAGAUGAUAUGAUAAAGUUCAAACUCACCCCUUCAUCAACCAAGGUAGAACUGGAGGGGGAAGUGGAAAAGAGGCUUAAUAUAUCACUUCAAAGAUUUUCAAUUAAGUAUCAAGAUGAAGAUGAAGAUUUGGUAACCAUAACUGGAGAUUCAGAUUUGAGGGAGGCUAUGCAUGAAAUGAGAUCGUUGGGAAGGACUACUAUGAAAUUACUGGUUACCCAAAAAUCCGACACAUGAAGGAUUUUCCCUAAGUUGUUAUGGUUCGUCUUCAUUCCAGAAUUUUUUGUGACGUAUCCUUUCGAUGAUAAGGUGUUGUAUCUUCGCCAGCUGUAUUCUCAAACAGUCUUUGAGCUCAUUAGACUUUACGACUAUUUUUAUGCAGUUGUGAAUUAGUAUGAUACACCAUUUUCAAAUUUGUUUGGUGGCCAUAGGUUUGUCUCUUCACUCAGUUUCAGUUGCUAUUUGCUUUGCCCUCAAUGAGCUGCUGUAUGCUACAAAGAGAAUGUUCUUUCAAAAG